AACCGUGUAAAUAAACGGUGUCAACAUUUUUGCCGCUUGCCGGUGAUUAUUUUGAAAAUAAAUAAUAUUUCAUAAUUUAAACUAUAUAUAUAUUUAAAAAAAAUUAUAUGCAAUUAUUAUGUCCUGGAAUAAACUAUGCAACAAACAAGAUCUGCAAUUGCUAGGUACGCUAAGUGGUGGCCAAAGUUUCAGAUGGAAAUAUAAUGAAGAUCUAAAGGAAUGGCGAGGUGUAUUUUUUAAAACAGCCUGGAAGCUAAGGGAAAAUGAGAAAUCAAUAGAAUAUGAUGUUAUUGGAUCACUAUUACAAACGGGAAGAAAAAGAAAUAACAAAGGUGAUAUCACAAAUGAAACUUAUUUCAAGAAGGUCUUAGAUAAUUAUUUUCGAUUAGACUGUAAUUUGAAUGAAUAUUAUAAAGAAUGGUCAGAGAAAGAUGAACUUUUUAAGUCAGCUUGUAAACAGUUUUACGGAAUAAGAAUGCUUAACCAAGAACCAGUUGAGAAUCUGUUCUCAUUUAUUUGCAGUCAAAACAAUCACAUCUCGAGAAUAUCAUCCAUGGUCGAAAAGUUAUGUGAAAAUUAUGGUGAGAAAAUAUGCAACUAUGAAGAUACAACUUAUUAUGCUUUUCCAGAUGUUGAAAAGUUAGCUCCUGAAGAGGUUGACAAAGCUCUAAGAAAUUUAGGCUUUGGAUACAGAGCAAAAUUCAUACAGAAAUCUGCAGCACAAAUUCUAGAAUGGGGAGGUGAAAAAUGGUUUGAAACUUUAAAGGAAAUGAAAUACAAAGAUGCUAAACAAGAAUUGAUAAAAUUAUGUGGUAUUGGCCCAAAGGUGGCUGACUGUAUAUGCCUAAUGUCUUUAAAUCAUUUAGAAUCUUUACCAGUGGACACUCAUGUGUAUCAAAUAGCAGCACAAAAUUACUUACCGCAUCUGAGAGGCAAGAAAAGUGUCACAGACAAGAUGUACACAGAAAUUGGUGACCAUUUCAGACAACUCUUUGGAGAUAAGGCAGGCUGGGCACAUACGAUUCUAUUUUGUGCAGAUUUAAAAAAGUUUCAAACAAAUACAGAAACUGAAGAGAAACCUAAAAGGAAAAAGAAGAAAUGAUGGUAAAUAAUAAUUGUUAUUGUUGUGGUCCAAUAAAAUGUUUU